AAACACAAAAUGGCGGCGCGGAGGGAGCCGGGUUCCGGGCGGGGCUGAGGGAGCGCUCUGCUUUGAUCCGCUCUGCUUUAUUCCCUUCCACCCGGUGGCCAAUUGCUGGAAAGCAUCAGCCAGAGAGACCUGGGGUGUGGAGGGAGCACAGUGGUCAGCUGACGAUACCCAACUGUGCCCAACCUGCAGCUGCUGCCAUGGAGGAUGUGGAGUCACGCUUUGCACACCUUCUGCAGCCCAUCCGUGACCUCACCAAGAACUGGGAGGUGGACGUGGCUGCACAGCUCGGGGAGUACCUGGAGGAGCUGGACCAAAUCUGUAUUUCCUUUGAUGGUGGCAAAACUACCAUGAACUUCAUAGAGGCAGCUCUGUUAAUCCAGGGCUCUGCCUGCAUCUACAGCAAGAAGGUAGAGUACCUAUACUCGCUGGUCUACCAGGCACUCGACUCCAUCUCCAACAAGAAGCGGGAAAGGCAGCCCUGCUCCGUGGGACCGGACGGCAAGGAUGCAGAUGCAACCUUUGGGAUGGAGAAGGAAGAGUUCCUUUCCCUGGAUGACAUCAGCAACACCAGCCAGGCCAGCGUGGACUUGAAGAUGGACCAUCAGCCCAAUGCUGUGAAUGUUGUUCCCUUGACUCCAAUGUCUUUGGUUCCCCCGGAAGAGGCUGAGAAGAUAAACAACCCUCUGUUCAGCCGGAAGGGGGAGAUCCUGGCCAGCAGGAAGGAUUUCAGGAUGAACACGUGCACCCCUCACACCAGUGGAGCCUUCAUGCUGGAGCUGGCAGGGCUCUCCCCAACGUGUUUGCAGGAUCGACACCGUGAAGAGAACAAUGCCACCGGAGCAGUAGGAGCACAGUCCUCUGUCAUCGGUGGGAGGGAAUCCCUGCGUGUGAGCACCGGUGCGAUGCCUGUCCAGGCACUGAACUUCUCAGACGACGGAGGUGCUGCAGGACCAGAUGAUGACCACGAUGGAGGGGAUGACUUGCCUGUGGACCCUGAGAACAACAUGGAAGUGACUCCAGCUGCCAAUGAGCACAUUGAGCCACAGCGGAGUGUGCCCCAGGUGAAAGGUUACGUGCUGCGGCAGCGAGCCCCUGCUGAGGACCUUCAGCCCCACAUCAAGGAGAUGCUGGAUCCGUGGCAAAGCCUCGACCCCUUUGGUGACUCUGAAGACAAACCCUUCAGGAAAGGGAGGCCUUUCCUGGUGCCGCACGGCAUGGAUGACGUGGUUGGUAGCAAGCGGAAAAGGAAGGGACCCAGAAAGCUUCAGGACUUCUUGAAAUGGUUUUCUGCAACCUACAACAACAGUGCUGACUGCAGGAAAAGCAGGAGGAAAGGACCGACGUUUGCUGAUCUGGAGGUGCUGUACUGGAAGCAGCAGAAGGAGCGGUUCGUGGCACAGAGGAAGCUGCAGAGCAGGAUGGUGAGGAUGCAGGCAGGGUUGGAGGAUGGUGGGAGCCACGUUGGGUGGGGGCUCAGUGCUGCUUUUCCCCAGGGGCCACCCUUGUCGCUGCCACCGGAGCACGAAGAGGAGGAGGAAGAGCUGGAUGCACUGGAGAAGGAGCGGGGCGAGGAGGAUGGGGAAGCAGCAGAUGACUUUGUGGAGCAUGAGGACAUCCAGGAAGAGGAUGUGGAGAAUCUAGUCGAGAAAGCCAUGGCUCCCUGCGAUGCGGACGCGCUGAGCUACGAGGAGCUGGUGAGGAAGAACGUGGAGCUGUUCAUUGCCAAUUCCCAGAGGUAUGUACAGGAGACAGAGCUCUCCCAGCACGUCCGCCUUUGGGAGGAGAAGAUGGGGCCGGCACUGCAGGAGCAGGAGGAGCGCACGGCCUUCGACAUCCACAGCUAUGGGGACAGGCUGGCAGCCCGCUUCGGCAGCCUGGGUGAGUGGCAGUCCUUUGCCAGCCUGGUGGCCGGCCAGCCGCCCUUCGAAGUGUGCCGCUACAUGCUGGCCUCGUUGCAGCUGGCCAACGACUACACUGUGGAGGUGGCUCAGGACCCAGGGCUGGAGGAGGCGGUGGACACGGUACGGCUGCGGCUGCUGACACGGGAGCGGGCACACGAGCGCUUCCGCACCUAUUUGGCCCCCUCAGCCCGCCAAUGA